AUGCCUUACUUAGGACCGAGGUCGUUCGAUACGGCUCCUCUCACAACCAACAACUUGGCUUAUCUGAAUGAUCGGCUCAAGCUGGAAGAUGGUGGACAAAGUGCACAAAAUGGACAAAAUGGACAAAAUGGACAAAAUGGACAAAAUGAACAUAGCGCACGUAGUGGACAUGGUGGUGAACAUAAUAAACGUGCUGAAGUAGUUGGUUUGGUCACUAACCCUAUCAUGGUUCGUACCGCUAAAUCUUCUAUUGGUGCCCUUAGAAGUUCUCCGGAUUCUUUCUCGUGUACUUCUGGUUCCUGUUCACCUGAGGACUUCUCAGUGUCUACUCCAUUAUCUUCAAUCUCCAGUUCUGAUUCAUAUGAAACAUUACAACAGCGAGAGCCUGUUACUGAGCACAAUUAUUCAAUGGUUUCUAUUUCUACUGAUCUGGUCAGAUCUUCUACUCAGCAAUUGGAUAACCGUACCAUUGUUGGUGACGAUGAAGAGAGUAGAACAGUGGUUUCUCAGGAUCAUAAUGAAGCCACUUCUAUAGUUCCAGAGUCUGUUCGAGAGUCCAUUCGAGAGUCCGUCCAAGAAGUUGAUAUGUCCUCUUCUACUCAACCGUCAAAUCUUGUUAGAAAGAGAUCGGGAAAGCUCGUUAAGUCUUCGUUGAAACUUCCGUCUCUAACGAGAUCAAACUCAAUGCCAAACACAAAGUCCGUCAGAUUUUCCACGCAUUUGGAGGAUGUUAAAUUCUUCCAUAAGACUGAAAAGCCAACAGCUGUGUCUCAAUAUGGAUCUCCUGUCAGUUCACCUCGUUCUCUAAAACCGGUCUGGGACUGGGAUUUUUCUUCGUCUAGUUCCUCGGAUGAAGAUGACGAUAAAGAUACUAAACCUGCUGACGAUGAUGACGAGUGCUGGGAACUCCUCAAGAAUGAUUGUCCUCCUACUGUAGGGUCCUUGAACUUUGCACGUUUAGCUGCAGGUUCUCCCGUUAUUCUGGAGAGUAUCAAGCUUAACUCUUUCAAAACUGCUUUAAUCGGCUUUAUCUUUGUCAAAAAUAUAGCUUACGAGAAGAAGAUCAUCAUCAGGCUAACGACGGACGAUUGGAAGAGUUAUGUGGAGAUUGAGGGUACAAAUUACAUUUCGUCGAAUCACAUUUUCAGGUAUUCUGACUUUGGAUCAAAUUACGAUAAAUUCUCCUUCAUCAUCAAGCUCGACUCUCUAUGCAGCUUCAAACCUAUGGUAGGUAUUAAGUUCUGUGUUGAGUUUGUUGUCGAUGGACAUACUUAUUGGGAUAAUAAUUCUGGUAAGAACUUCAAUGUUCUAUUAAAGAAACGUGGUCAUCAUCAAGAGAAAAGCCACAAUCACAAUAGUCAUAAAGAUAUAGAUUCGAAUGACCCAUCAAUAUCCCACAAAAAUCCGUCUCCUCUUGAUUUGGAUGACUUUGGUUUCCGACUCAAGGAAAACAACAACUUCAACGACUCGUUCCAAACGUCUCGCAAGUUUGUAUUCCAUCCAAAGAACUCCCGAAACUAUUUGAUGAAGAAAAUCAGAUCGGAGUCCUCUUUGCCUACACUAGCAUCAAGACCUAGCAGUGCUGGUAGUUCGUUCAAUUUGAUAAAGUCUCCAGCACCCGUUCCUGCUAGACGUUUUAAUGUCAAAAGACCAUCAUCGGCAUCGAAAUCAGCCGCUCCAUCACCAAGUUUGAGAUCUCAAGGCUUUGAAGAUGUCGAUGAUUAUUAUGAUUACAACCAGAUUGUCAAAAAUUUCUGUUUCUACGGAUCCGGUAGUCCUGGUGCUGCCAAUAACAGUGUUAACCCAUGGAACUACAAGAAGAAUCCCGUCAAUUUGCAUGAAGUUACUAAUGAAUUGUCGUCUUUUUGCUUAGGCUAG